AUGGGGCGAUACUCGGUGAUGAGAUAUAAGACCAAGCGGUAUACCAGGGACCUGGACCAGAUCCUGCACGACGAUUUGAGCAGUGAGAAGAGUAUCAAGUCUUUAGAGGUCCAGGAGUACGACGAGACGAAGCCUGGUUUGGGCCAGUUUUACUGCAUUCCAUGUGCCAAGUACUUUGAAACGGAACAUGCUAAGACCACACACACUCGUGGCAAGGUCCACAAGAGACGUCUGAAGGAUAUCAGAGCUGGUCCUUAUACGAAAGAGGAGGCAGAUGCCGCUGCUGGUGCUGAUGUUGCCAAGUUCUUGAAGAAGAAGGAGCUCCAACAGACUAUUAAAGACGAGGAAAUGGUUAAAGAUAUUCUGACUAAACCGGUUUCUGUGAAAGAAUUAGACGAUGGUCUCGCUGAUAUGGUCGACGAUGGAGAAGUGCCCCCUCAGGAAAAUCAAGUUUAG